CUCAUCGGAAAUUGCGAUUUUUUUCCUUGGUGGGCGAACUUUUCGAAGCGAAAUUAUCCAACAAAAUGCAGGGUACACCCAUGGUUAGAACUGCCUGCCUAGAGAACUUGGAUGAUAAAAGAGAGAGACCUUGGGCUGAAAAAGUAAUUAGCUUUCUGGAUAGUGAAUAUCCAGGGUGGAAAAACCCUCAAAAGACCUAUAUGGUUCCUUGUGAGUUCUCGCACAGAAAACGUAUGCCAGGUCUUGGAAAGGAAGCAGAACAGAAGGUUUUUGACCUAUUGCAAAGAUUUGGAAUUAGUCGUUCAGAACCAAUGUUUGUGGUUCACUCCAAAAUAUUUGAUGUGAUUAUUUCUGAAGAGAAUAAGAAAUCCAAGAAGAUAGAAAAGACGUGGUCAAGGGGAGAGCAUGAUUUUGUUAUUAUUCAUCGCCUACAUGGAAUAAUGUUUUUCGAGGUAAAGGCAGCUCGAAGAAGAAGAAGGAGAUGUUCUGAAGCAAAGAAACAAUUGAAGAUAUACAUAAAGUCUCUUGAGGGGGCUUUUGAAGAAGAUCAUCCAGAUGAUCUUGAAAAAGGCAGGAAAUCUGUGAUAUACAAAUAUCCAAGGUUUGUAGUAAUGCCCAAUUGUCCUCGUGGGGAUCCUUCAGUUCCAAAACCUGCCAACCUCAUCCUUAAAGAUGACUGUGAAGAUGAGAAUGCAUUCUCUAAGUGGUGGACUACCAAGGUUGCUGAGGUGAAGAGCAAAAGUCAUUUUGAUCAAAAAUUCUUUGAGUAUCUGGUUAUGCGCUUUGUUGGAAUGUCACACAGCAUUCCAGACACCCUCAGGGAGUCUAUUGAUGAAACUAAAAAGGAGUUAGAGAUGUGCACAAAGGAGCAGCUGUCAGUAGUUUUGAGUUCAUUGCCAGAGCAAUGGAUCAUAGGCCCAGCUGGUAGUGGAAAGACAUGGCUGCUGAUGAAAAAAGUAUUAAUGCUUGCUAAGAAUGCUCUCUCAGAGGGGAAAAAAGAAAAAAUUCUUGUGGCCUGUCACAAUGAGCCUUUAGCUAAGAGGUUUAGGAAAGUGUUUAAAGGCGAGUUGAGCUUUCCGGAAUCUGGAGAUUUAGAGGAAGUAGUUGAAGUAAAGACUUUUGAUUCCCUUCUCUAUGAUAUUACUGGUGACUUUUGUCAAAACAUGGGAAAACAUGUUGCUCAAGCAUUGGAACUUUUAGAGAAAGGAACUAUGUUAACCCAAAGGUACGAUCAUAUAUUUGUUGAUGAUUCCGAAGUUCUUGGGAACGACAAAUGGCCAACUCUCUUUAAGAGGAUGCAUAAAAAUAAUGAUGCUGAUGAGGAUGAUGAUUGCUGUGAACCAAAGCACAUCUGGUUCUUCUUUGAUCCUAAUCAGGAUAUCGACAGUUCAGAAGAGCAGUCUCAGCUGCCCAGGGAAUCAAGGAAGAAAACUUUCAGGCUCUCGAAAGUUCUCAGAAACACUCAGAUGGUCUUUGAACAGACAAAGAAAUACUUCAAGUCAAAUGCAAAACUUAUUGAGUUAGGACAUGAUGUAUGUGGAUUAGAAAUAAAGUGGGAUGACUCACUAAGAGAGGAAUUUCCCAUUGGGACUCAUGGUAUUGGACUCAUCAAGAAGCAUAUCGAAGAUCUUCGCGGACAAAAAGUUAAUGACAAAGACAUCUGCAUUCUGACGCAAACUGAAUCCAUUCGAGAUAAAGUCAGUUCAGAGCUCAAGAAAGUAGGAAUUGAGAACCAAACUGCAAAUCAAAUGUUUCAAAAUGAUGACAACAAAGUUGUGGUUGAGAGUAUCUGGCGCUUUAAAGGGUUGGAGUCAAAAGUGGUUGUUCUUUACUGCCUGCCUUUUAUCGAACAAAGGUGGUUCCCGACCCUGUCGAGUUUAAGAGCUCUUCUGUACACAGCAUUUUCUAGAUGUUUAUGUUAUACGAUUGUUAUCUCAAAUGCAGUUAGUUGUAAGACAUUAAAAUCAGAGAAGGGAUACCAUCAACUUCCAGAUGAUGUUUUAGAGCGUAGAGAGAUAUUGAAUGAUUUCCCUAAAACUUAUAGGGAGCUCUCAUCCUCUCAUUCCCUUCAACCCCCCUUCUCAUCCUCAUCCCUAACAGUAAUUGUUGGGAAUUGGACUUUAGAACCUGUACAUUUUGUUUCCCAGUUUGUAAUUUUAGGAUUCCUCUAUGUAGAUGAAGAGAGGGUGGUUGAAGCAACAGAGGAGUGCUUACCCACAAAAUAA